GAAGGGUUACUUUGCACUGCUAUAUCUGCGGGGCCCUAGAUUACAUUCCUGUUGUGCCAUGCUCUGGGUCAUGUCUGAAUCGUCACAUUACCUGCUCUGUGGUGAUGAGCUUGUGAUAACUAGUUCACGGUUCAGUGUCACAUCCUGGCACUAUGUGCUACUGUCUCGUGCCACAAGGGAAUAAAGGACAAGUUAUUUUUGCCAGCCUGUGUUCAGAAACUGCCAACUGGGCUGCGAUUGCUUGUCUCUUCACUCGCUGUGGGCAAUUCCUAUUUAGUGAGUGACAAGGGGGCAAAUUGUGUCCUAGAAUGUGCUAUACACACAGUGAGACAGCGACAGGUGCACUUACACACAAACAUACACUAAUGCACACAAUGUUGGAGGAACAGGCCAUGUAAUUGUGUUGGACAAAUUGGACCUUUGUUAUUUAUUUUCCACCUGGAGUAGAUUGUUCAUUAAUCAGCCCCAUUGCCAGAAAUACAAACUCAGUUGCACAAAGAAAUAAACUAACAAGCGUUGCCUUACUUGGGCCAACCCCUACCCUGACCUAUUGGCCUUCAGAAUUAACAGAUGGAUGCCAUGCGAGUGGCCAUACUUGGACCAACCUUUACCAUGACUAAUUGGCCUGCAGGCUGAACACUAAGAUACCAUACGAGUGGCCAUAAAUGAGCAAACCCCUACUCUGACCAACAGGCAUGCAGUGGACAAACAUAUUGGUGCCACAAGAGUGACCAUACAUGGGCCCUCCCCCCUUGGCUACUUUGCAGAUCCACUGGCUUAAUGCUAUUUUCUUUAUUGGUGCUAACAAUUGCCAGUGAAGCCCAUGCUGGGGCAACAUUACAAGGACACUGAAUCUGGCCGUAUUGUUUCCCUUACUCCUUAUUCCUUCUAUCUUGGAUCCUCCUGAAAACACGCAAGCACAGGCAGUGGCAAUGAUCGCUUCUGAGCUAAAACACUGAGGUGCCAAUCGGAUCAGUUCACUGCACAAAAUAACUUCACAAGAGUGAUUAGAUGUGUAUAUACAAAUAAUAUUUGCACAAUGUUACAUACAGUGUGAUGAGGGUCCAGCAGACAAAAUACAAUGUUAAACACAUCCAGAGCCAGAUCCAUUGGGUCAGAUACACAGAGUCAGAGACAGACAUCCCCAGUGCUACAGACACACGCACGCACACUGCCAGGCAAAGACAUAAAUACACAGACACAACACUGUGACCUUGCCUUUGCUGCAAGAAUAUUAUAGUUAUUUGAUUUCCCAUGUUUUGGUUAAAAAUUCGAUUAUUUCAGGCAGCCAUGCAAGUCUAUGGGAAGAAUCAGCAAACAGGCUCCCAUCUGCAGGAGGGAAAACACCCUCAGGAAAGGGCUUUCUGGCAUUGUACCCCUCUCUUUCUAUGACAGCUUUAUAGAAUGUUUACUCUUUAGGGAAAAGCCCUAAUAAUAAUGACAGAUGCACUGGAGCAAAUACAUUUUGUAUACAGACUAAGAGGCACGCAGCAGGAGGGCUGCAUACACAUGUCGCAUGCUGUCAGCAGACACCUGUCACCAGCAACUGCAACAAAGUUAGAGAGUGGCGAGCAGGUGGGUAGACGGAAUGAGCAGGAGACAGCACAGAGAGAGGAGACAUGGGCAAUUUGGAGGGGCAAGAAGCCACAGUGGAAAUGAAAGAGACAGCUGGGUGAGGGCUACAUAGAGAAGUGCAGAGCUUUAGGGCUGAUGAGAAGCAGUUGAGAGAAGAGAUAAUAAUAAAAAGGUGAGGAGAGGACUGCCUUGAUAAGAGACAAUAGAGAAACUAAGAGCUGCCUAGAUAAGGGACAGUGCAGAGGUGGAGGACAACCUAGGGAAGAGCAGUAGGGAGGGAGAUCACCACCUGGAGAAGAGAGAGCACAGAAGGUAAGGAGAGGACUGCAUUCAGAAGAAACAGUGCAGAGGAUAAGAACUGCCUCCUGAAGAGAAGAAUAAUAAAUGCUUUACAUGAAGUAUUAGAGUGUAAACAUGUCACGGAAUGCAAAAAAGACAUCCCCAUGUAAGUAGUGACAGCACUGAGUGAGAGUGGCAGAUGCUCUGAGUUGAAGAAGAAACGUAGGUGAGAUUGUACCCAUGGGAGAAUGAGCCCCAAAGAAGAAGGACAGCAGUGCAAGAGAAAAGUGAGUGCUCCCAAGAGAGAGAAACAAACAGGAUGAGUGAGGAGAGACAGCCCUGACACAAAAAGAGAAGCCUGACCCAAAAGAGAACUCCAGGAGAGAGAAGUGGAACGAUAAGAGGCAUUUAGCAACAGCUGUUGAACAGGUCUCUCUCAUCGUACGAGCAUCGGCAGGCACACGUUCAUCUCUGUCCAUCCCUCUUUCAUUGAGACGAGCAGGCAGCAGGUAUCUCAUAAGCAUGGAACAUGUGAAGCUGUCAACCAUCACAUGCAUCGUGCCACCUUCCUGCUGACUCCAUGUCACUGUGUCACACUUCCAAGAAGCUCCUGAUUUGCACCACAUUCCUGUGAAGUUCAUCAGGUGCUGCUCAGUCAAGCAGAGCUCUGCAGUGUGCUGCAUUCCUGCAAAGCCAAGCGACUUCUACCAAGUACCUACCACAUCAGCCACAUUGUGCCUAAAUCCCAAAAACCAACACAUUUAGCAUCAUUCCAGUUCAUACUGGGACAUGAUUUUCGUUGUGUGGGGGCUCUUGUUGACUGUACUUGGCUGCAGUGCGGUAGUGAUGGAGACCUUACUGCCCCGAGCUGGAGGACCUGUAUUGAAUGUUGCCCUGGUUUUUGGGGGCUCCUUUCCAUACAAUGAACUUGUUGGACCUAUGAUGCCAGAAGGUUCCCUUUCCCUCCCCUUGGAUAUCCACACUAUCACUGUGCUUGUGAAUGAUAGUGGCCCUGGUCCACUCCUGAGACAGCUUUGCCAAGCACUGAGAGGGGCACACGCCGUGGUAUUUCAGGAUAAUAUCGGCACAGAGGCUGUGGCGCAAAUCCUUGACUUUAUCUCCUCACAGACCCUCGUACCAAUCAUCAGCAUCAGUGGUGGCUCUGCUGUGGUCCUGAGUCCAAAGGAACCCAGCUCCUCGUUCCUGCAGAUUGCAGCUUCUGUAGAGCAGCAGUUGACUGUUAUUCUCAAGGUGCUAGAGGAAUAUGAUCUUGGACCUUUUUCUGUGAUCACCAGUCACUAUCCUGGGCACCGGCUCUUCCUCAGUGCUGUACGGGCUCUUUGUGAAGCUCUGCAGCCUGGCUGGGGACCACAGGAUGAACUUACAGUGGAGCCAGGUGCUGGCCCCAAAGGGAUUCAGAGAGUGCUUCGGCAAGUUUCUGCUCCAGUUUUGUUGCUCUUCUGCUCAAGAGAGGAGGCAGAAGAGAUGUUUAUUGCAGCUGGGGAAGCUGGGCUCCUGGGACCUAGUCAUAUAUGGAUUGUCCCAAGCUUUACCAUUGGGUCUCCAGACCGCCCUGCCCCAUUUUUCCCUGUAGGAUUGGUAAGUGUGGUGACUGAUGGCUGGAGGAGAAGCCUGAGAAGGAAGGUACAGGAUGGGAUAGCAGUGAUUGCUGCAGGAGCCAAGAACUACCUGCAAAAACAUGGAGAACUGCCUCAUCCGAGGGGAAGUUGCCUAAUGCCACCACAACUGCACGGAAACGACACCCUGUACAGGCAUAUGAUGAACACAACAUGGAGGGACAGAGAGCUGUCUUUCAAUUCUCAGGGAUAUUUACUGGAUCCUUCCAUGUUGGUGAUAACACUGACUCCCCACCGUGUUUGGGAAGAGGUGGGCCAAUUUGACAGCGGCAUCAUUCGGAUGAAGUAUCCAGUAUGGCCACGUUACGGAGCUGAUAACCAGCUUGUGACAGACUCUCGUCACCUGACAGUGGCCACACUUGAGGAGAGGCCAUUUGUCAUUGUUGAGAGUACAGACCCAGCUACGGGAGACUGUAUCCGAAACACAGUGCCAUGCCGCAAGCAGAGCAACCUGACCCUGAGCAGUUCUGGGGAGCCGUACACAAAGCUAUGCUGCAAAGGCUUUUGCAUUGACAUCCUGAAGAAGCUGGCCCGCACUGUGAAGUUCUCGUAUGACCUUUACCUGGUGACUAAUGGGAAGCAUGGGAAGCUUGUACGUGGCGUGUGGAAUGGAAUGAUUGGAGAGGUGUAUUAUCGUCGUGCUCAUCUCGCUAUUGGGUCUCUCACUAUAAACGAGGAACGAUCUGAGAUAGUAGAUUUCUCAGUUCCCUUUGUGGAAACCGGAAUUAGUGUCCUAGUGUCACGCAGUAAUGGUACAGUGUCUCCUUCUGCCUUCCUGGAGCCAUACAGUCCCGCCGUCUGGAUGAUGAUGUUCGUCAUGUGUCUCUCUGUUGUUGCCGUUACAGUCUUCAUCUUUGAGUAUUUCAGCCCAAUGGGAUAUGACCAAGACCUAAGCAAUGGCAAACGGUUAGGAGGGCCUAGUUUUACCAUCGGGAAGUCCUUGUGGCUGCUCUGGGCCCUAGUGUUUAAUAAUUCAGUUCCCAUCCAGAAUCCACGUGGCACUACUAGUAAGAUCAUGGUACUGGUCUGGGCUUUCUUCGCUGUCAUCUUCUUGGCCAGUUACACAGCCAAUCUGGCAGCUUUCAUGAUUCAGGAGCAGUAUAUUGAUACUGUGUCUGGUCUAAGUGACAGAAAGUUCCAGAAGCCCCAAGAACAGUAUCCCCCAUUCCGAUUUGGGACUGUGCCCAAUGGCAGCACGGAGAGGAACAUCCGCACUAACUACCCUGACAUGCACAGCUACAUGGUGCGCUACAACCAACGCUCUGUGGAGGAUGCCCUCACCAGUCUAAAAGCAGGGAAAUUGGAUGCCUUUAUCUAUGAUGCAGCCGUACUGAAUUACAUGGCCGGGAAGGACGAGGGGUGCAAGUUGGUUACCAUCGGAAGUGGGAAAGUUUUUGCCACCACUGGUUAUGGCAUUGCUUUACAGAAGAACUCACGCUGGAAGCGACCCAUUGAUUUGGCCUUACUGCAGUUCCUUGGGGAUGGGGACACCCAGAGGCUGGAAACAGUAUGGCUAUCAGGCAUCUGUCAGAAUGAGAAGAACGAAGCAGUAAGUAGCAAGUUGGAUAUCGAUAACAUGGCUGGUGUUUUCUACAUGCUGCUGGUGGCCAUGGGGCUGAGUUUGCUGGUCUUCUCCUGGGAGCAUCUCGUGUAUUGGAGGAUGAGACACUGUAUGCCCAGUUCUUGUGGAGAGAAGGGGCUGCUGGGUAUAAGCCGGGGUAUUUACAGCUGUUUUCGGGGUGUUGAGAGCCCGUUGCAGGAUUCUCAAUUCCCAGACCCUGAUGUGACAGGGACUCCAGUUCCGGUGAACGUUCUGAGGGUCUUACAGACAGCCAGGGACCUUGUCUCUUCUUCAGGGGUUGGAGGAUCACUGGAGAAUGCAUCCCAGGCCUUACGUACAUGGAAACAGCGCAGCGAGAGCCUGCAAGCCGCAUUCUCACUUCAGGGGCCGCAAGCUAUUGCAUCCCCUCAUCACAUGGCCACAACUCCAGUGGUAGGGGAUGUAGGCCCCACAUUGACUGUACCUAUCCUUACCCAAUCCCCACGGUCAUUUCAUCCUUCUUAUCCCAUGUUGCCUGAUGGAGACCUGCAACCUCCUGAGAUAAAUUCCCUGCCUCUGCAGGAUCUUCAUCCAGUAUCUUCCAUUUCCCAAAAUGGUGGUGUGAGCACUGCUGUUCACUGCAGUAACCCAUGUAUCACUUCCCCACUCCCAAAGAGAAGACAGGAAUCACCACAGAGGUUGCCACACCCUUCUUGCACAGGGGGAGCCCAGUACCCUAGGGCUUGGUACCAGUCUCCUGCUCCAAGACAAGUAGUCAGAAGUCCAGUACUACCCCGUGAGACCCUCCUAGCUGAAGACUGUGGGAUGCACCCAAGGUGUGUAAGACCUCUACACUAUUCUCUUCCACGUUCCUCCCACCUCUGCACUUUUUGCCACAGUGGGGAAUGCCACAGAAUUGAUCCUGCUCUGUAUCCCUCCCUGCACCCAGAUGCCCCCUUGAGAGGAGCAGUUUCCACACUGGCAGUGCCCUCUGCAAUGACAUAUAGAGACUCUGGUUCCCUCCUUAAUGUGGCCUCUCUUGGAAGGACUGCAUGCUGCUCAAAGAUGGCAAGCUCUAGGUACCCCACCAGCUCCCUCUCAGGAACAUUUAGGAGUGAAAUCAUUGGGAAUUCUAACCCGGCUGACCCCUGCAGGAGAAUCAGCUGGGAGUCUGAGGUGUGAUCAGGCCAGAGCGAGACAUUUACUGACUAUAAAUUCUCUUAAUGGCAAUAAGAUCUGACCUAGAACUGUGUGACUGACCUGUGGCUCCUUAGAAAACCUCAGGUAUUGGAGAUCUAUUCAGGCAGACUGACAUUAAUUGUAAUGUACGGUGCAAAUAUUAUUGGGGGGCUUCAGUUUUGAUGUGCAAGCAACUAUGUUACAGGUGGAAACAGAAGAUAAACAGUGAAUUUGUAAUGAUGUGUGGUCUUUCCCACUUUUCCUUAGCCUUUUUCUUUCUGGACUCUAUGGCUGCCCCGUGGGAGCUUUGCAGCAACUCAUGGGACUUCAUGGGCCUUUAUUCUUGUUUGUAUACACAUCACAUAAGCUAUAACUGCUGUACCACAUUAUUCACAUAACCACCUUGGCACUAACAGUAAUGGACACAUACACAUGGUUACUGCCCAGGGUUAUCCAGCUCUCACUGCAGUGCAACUACUGUAUGCAUAUUGCCCAUGCACCUAUGCGUCUAGCUAAAACAUAUCCUUAAGUCUGCUGCCCACAUCUGUCUCUGACUGCAGUAAACCAAAAACAUUUCAUUUAGGUACAAUUGCUUCCUAUGGCAUAAGUUACGCACGUCAGCUAACUAUAAGAUGUAUUUCUAAUUGUAAGACAGUCUAAUCAUCAGGAAACACAUGUUCAUUGUCCAUAUAAUUGCAUAGUGGUAGCUUGCGUGUCAUCCUUCAGAAGCAGGUCCACCUGUUCUCUGCAGUACAACAACUAUUCCUAGCUGCUCUCUAGACAUACACAAAUAGGAUACACACAGGAUAUGCCAUUUAUUAACAAACAUAAAGACAUAUGGCUAUCUCUGCUGGUGGGCUACACAACUAUGCCUACACGUAGGACAUGCUGCUAGUUCUAGGCAUACUGAUAUAUCUUCCUCAGAGAUUUAUAUGGGUACCUCUAUAGCAAUGGACGUAGGAUGAAACAUAUCGCCUGCUAUUCUUGUGUCUAGAACAGGGACUGUUACUUCCAUAACAACAUUGUUGUAGGAAACUGCCUGCUAUCCCUGCAGGACUUACCUUGUUGCCCCUGCGACUAUGGCCAUGAAAUACUUAUGCUAUUGCUGUUUUUUAAGGACAAACUCCCUUUAUGACCAGGGGUGUGGGAUACUGUCUGCUGUCCCUGCCUCUCAGACAGGUAAGUUACCUCUAUAACAAGGAGGAUAGGAUGCCAUAUGCUAUUAGUGCCUCUAGGCCGUGUUCUGUUGUGUCUAUAGCCAAGGACGUGGGAUGCUGCCCGCUAUUUCAGGCUAAGGGACACAGCUGUUUCUGGGACUAGCAUUGUGGACAUCCUAAGCCUGAGCACCCAGAUACAAGGAGACAGACUUUCUGGGGGGGGGGGAAGCAAUGCUAAAAUUCUAUUUGCAUAUCUAAUUUAUAUGCUAAUUUAGCAGGGAGUAUAAUGCGGUAGCUUGGGUGGCUAGGAUUAUGAUUAAUAUUUUUUAGUUGCAAAAGUUCUGACUUGUUCCGCAGAACUCUAUAAGCUAGGUGUGAUAGAUGGAGGUGUACCAAUGACUGGAGGGUGGGCUCCUGUAUCUUAGCAUGGAUUUAGCAGGGACUUAGCAUUUGUGUUCGUUGGAUAUGUUAUGGAUGUGUCAGUGUUCAUGAUAUAUGGCUGUGCAGGGAGUUUCAGCUAGCAGCUCUCCUGUACUUGCUUGACCAUAAAUUACUAAGUGAUUUGCAGGGGGCGGCAUUGUGUAACAGUUGAAAUGUGACUGUGUGCACCAGUUAAAACUAUCAUUGAGGUGGCCUUCAGGGAUGUAUAGAGUCAUGCAAAUGAUCGUCCUUCAGGGAUGAAGCGAAUCUUGCAAGUGACCAGCCUUCAGGGCUGUAUAGACUCGUGUGAGCAACCAGCCUUCAGGGCUGUAUAAAUUCAUGCAUUAAAUUGGCCUAUAGGGCUGUAUAGACUCAUGCAAUCAACCAGCCAUCAGGACUAUAUAGACUCAUGCAUUCAAUUGACCUACAGGGCUGUAUAGACUCAUACAAGCAACCGGCCUUCAGGGCUGUAUAAACUCAUGCAUUCAAUUGGCCUACAGGGCUAUAUAAACUCAUGCAUUCAAUUGGCCUACAGGGCUGUAUAAACUCAUGCAUUCAAAUGGCCUACAGGACUGUAUAGACUCGUGCAAAUCGACCGGCCUUCCGGGCUGUAUAUACAUGUGCAUUCAAUUGGCCUUCAACUGUAAAGACUCAUGCAAGUGACCGGCCUUCAGGACUGUAUAGACUCAUGCAUUCAAUUGGCCUACAGGGCUGUGUUUUUCUGGGUCGGUGCCCAUGUCUUA